UUUAUUGAACAGAUUUUGGGACAUGGCGUUGAGACGAGGGAGUGGUUGGGAUGAAGCUGGAUGUGGCUUACUUAUGGCCUUUGUGAUCGCCUCUCGUAAGCCUUCAAUACCAAGCCAAGCCAUGGCUGGUACCGGGACUGUCGCUACACGCCCUCGCGCUCAGCUGCCAUGUUUAUUCUCGGUUCUCUUCUUGCUACGCUUUCAUUCUGAAAUGACAAAGAAUCUUUCUCUGGUUGCUUUACACGUCGGGAGCAGGGUUCAGGAUAGCCCACUAGCCUUUCUCUUACGCGACGUCGGUGCCAAAGACUCAUCUGUAUACCCACCACUUCUCAGAGUAUAUUAUGCUGUUGUGAAAUUGACCUGA